AAUAUUCUCAGGGACUUAAAGUUUGGUGGUCUUUUCGAAUCAUCAAUAUUUAUUACUUAAUUACUUAUUGACAUUUGGUGUCGCGGGAUAAUAUUGAUGGUGUAGUUCUUCUCGUUGUCUGUGCCAAGCUUUUGGCAUCUGUCAAGCUAAGUCAAAAGUCAAAACACUCAAAAAGUCAAAACGUUGCUUCUUCCAAAAAGUGCGGUAGGAACUUUGCAAAACUAUUUAAUUAAACCAAAAAUGGUUACCAAAGUUGCUGUAGUGACCGGAGCGAAUAAAGGAAUAGGUUUUGCGAUCGUCCGAGGCCUCUGCAAGAGAUUCGACGGCGUAGUUUACCUUACAUCGCGCGACGAAACUCGUGGUGAAAACGCUGUGAUACAACUGAGCAAAGAGGGUUUACACCCAAAAUAUCACCAGUUGGAUAUAACUAGCGUGAAAAGCGUUGAGAAGUUUCGCGAUUACAUAAAGAAUGAGUACGGGGGGAUUGAUAUUCUUGUGAACAACGCGGCUAUCGCAUUUAAAAACAACGCGAAGGAACCGGUGACUGUUCAAGCUGAACAAACUUUGUUCGUGAACUAUUUCAGUCUGCUGUCUACAUGCGAGAUAUUAUUCCCUAUACUGCGUAAUGGGGCGCGUGUGGUGAAUAUUUCAAGCUCUUCUGGUCAUUUGACUCAAAUACCGAGUGUGGCUUUAAAGAAGAGAUUUAAAGACCCUAAUUUGACCGUAGAGCAGCUAGGAGAGUUGAUGCAGGAGUAUAUAGAGGCGGCUAGGAAGGGGACUCAGCUGGCGGAGUGGGGCAACUCGUCGUAUGUGGUGUCUAAGGUUGGAGUGACUGCACUGACCAAGAUCCAGCAACGAAUGGUCAAUGAUAGAGAUAUAAAGGUGAACGCCGUGCACCCUGGUUACGUGGACACAGACAUGUCCUCCCACAAGGGCCCGCUGACGAUCGACGAAGGAGCUUCAGCCCCACUCUUCUUAGCCCUGGACGCCGGUGAUUCUGUGCGUGGCCAGUACGUGUGGUACAAUAGCAAGGUUGUCUCCUGGGACGGGGAGAAACCUGAAGGUUAACCUCCCAUAUCUUCCAACAUUCCCCAAGUUUUUGGCUGCAGGUUUAGCACAUGAUUGCCGCGAGAUAGACUACCCUUCCUUAUAUCAUUAAUACAGUUAGAAGGAGACGUGUCAUCUAUCUCGCGGCAAUCAUGUGCUAGGCCUACUGGUUUAAGGGCCAUUAACGUAUUACGUAAUAACUUCGUUGUUAAUGUUGUCAGUAACUAAAUUA